AAGGGAUUAUCCCAAUUAGCCAUCCAAUGGCCAUUUACCCGUCAUUCGUUUAGAGACGAGAAAUCUGAGGGGAAAAUGGAAAAAUAAAAAUUACAAUCUGAGCCAUGGAAGAGUCUCAAGAAAUCCUACUGAACUCCCUCCAAAAAUCCGGUGUUUCAGUCCCGCCAGAUGUUCCCUCGAUUCGGAACUUGACUCCUUCGAACUUGUUCUCAAUCUGCGCUCAGGUCUUGAAUCGCAUAAAUGGCCAAACUAAAAUCCACUACUCCACUUCUCUCCCACUCUACGUCGCCGAUCAGUUCAAGAUAUGUACGGAAAUCGCUUCGGAUAUUAAGGAUCUGGGUUACAUAGGAGAUAUGAGCUUCCACAAGUUCUUGUAUCCAUCUGAAGAGGACUUGUAUAAGUUGAUAAGAUUCUUGGUGGAGAGGCUUCCUGAAGCUUCUGAUGGAAAAUCUAAGGUUUUGGAAGAUGGUGAUUAUGGUAGAAAAGAAUUGAGAGCUGACACUUCCCAAUCAGAUAAGGUUGAUACUGGUGCUGUUUUUACACAUCAGAUGGUUGAGAACAAAUUUGCUGAUCUUAAUAUUAUGGCUGAAGAGACGAAAUCUUCAGAUCCCAUCAUCAGUAGACUCUCUAAUUCUUGUCUUGUUCGAGAAAGCAUGUCUGAAGCGGCUAUGGAUGAUAAAACCAAUUCUGGGAAAUGGGAAAUAUCUAAUGAUAGUCUUGUCGAUGCCCCCGAAGGUCCAUCUGGGGCUUCAGGGAGUGAAGCUGUUGUACAGGGGAAUAAUAGACAGGUCUCAACUUCCAAACAUGAAGUCAGUUCUUACAUUCAAAAAAUAUGUGAAGAUGAAGAGAGUAGACCAUUAGAAGUGGUCAGUGCAAAUUCUGAAUUAGAGCAUCUUCAAAUAGAGUUAGAAAGGUUGAAGGAAGUGGCCGAAAUUGUAUUUGAUGACAAUCAUUUAAUUGAAUUCCAUCUUCAGCAACUGGAGGAGCAAAUAAACUCUAGAAAGCUGAAUCUUCUUGCAAUGAAGUCAAAGUGGGAUGCAGAAAGGGAGCUUUUGGAAAAGAAAAGGCGAAGUCUACAAGAAUCGCUAUGUGCAAGUAAUCCAGAGGCUCAAGAAAAGCUGCAAAAGUUGAGGGAGUUUGAACUGGAAAAGGAGCUCAUCGAGUCUGAAAUCAGGAGGCAGGAGGAGGAGAAUUCCAAGCUCUCUACAGAUCUUAAGAAGCAGCCCAAACAAGUAUCGAGACGAUCUUAUAUCAAUAGAGUUAAGGAGAUCACGAAAAACAGUCGGAAACAAGAUGCUGACAUUGAUCGAAUCCUUAAAGAAACUAGAGAGCUUCAGCUAGAAAGUAACAAUAUCCGUGAACGCCUCCAUAGAACCUAUGCAGUUGUCGAUGAGCUAGUUCUCAGGGAAGCGAAGAAAGAUGCCGUAGGUAAGCAGGUGCACACGAUCCUGACUAGUAUCCAUGAGAGCUUUGGAGAGAUCUCGAACAAAAUCCUGUCUACCGAUAGACUAAGAAGAGAAAUUUCAGAGCACGAGAAGAAGAUAGCAGCCUCGGCAUCCCGGAGUUUAAAUUUUAACAAUCUACAGUCUGAUCUUGAUGUUAUCAAGAGGGAAAAUAGUUACUUGGAGCAACAUCUUUGUCAUAAAAAACCCAUCGACCAAGAGUAGAAUAUUUUCUAGUCAUUCAUCAAACUUUCUGCAGCAAUUACAUUCUGUAGAAAAGGAGAAAAUAGUACAUACAAAUGACAUAUAUUCUUGUUUAAUGCUUUCAUUAGUUGGUUUGUGUGAUGGCUUCUGAAAUAAGCAACUUUUGGCUUUUAUUGUGGUUGCAACAUCAAUUUUAAGGUAGGGUAUUGCUUGAUCUA